UUUUUGAUCAAAAUUUAUUAAAAACAGGUUAUCGGCAUUAGGUAUCAAAUUCCAUUUCUAUAAUGAUUGUGAAAAUUUGUCAAAAAUAGUGAUUCAUAAAUUUAAGAAAAGUGCAAGAACUUUGUAAUAAAAAAAUGUUGGAUUUUAGAGAAAUUUUUGUAAUUUUAUUUUUAAUAACAUCAGUGCAAAAUGUUGCUCAUUAUUAUAAGGAAUUUACUGUGACUAUAGAACCAGGAACGGAUACAUGUUUUUAUCAUAAUAUUAAGGAAGGCCAAAGAAUCGAUAUCGAAUACCAAGUAAUCGAUGGUGGACAUGGUGAUUUAGAUAUAAAUUUUCAACUAGCCGAACCAUCUGGACGAAUAAUUUACGCCGAUUUUAAAAAAUCUGAUAAUGUACAUCGUGCUGAUAUUAAAACCACUGGCGAUUAUAAAUUUUGUUUCGAUAAUACAUUUAGCCGAUAUAAUUCAAAAGCGGUAUUUUUUGAGUUAGUGAUCGAAGAUGCAAACGCCGAAGAAAACGAUAAAUGGGAUGAUAAUUUGAAUGCCGACUUUUUAGAUGGUUUAACUAAAGAAGAAGUUUACGAUAUGAAAAUGAGUGAUAUUCAAGAUGUUAUCGAACGUGUUCGAUUACAAUUGAUUAAAGUGAAACAUAUACAGGAUUUAAUACGAACGCAUGAAGCUCGUGAUCGUAAUGUUGCCGAGGAAAAUUUUUAUCGUGUGAAUACUUGGUCAAUAUUUCAAAUAGUUAUUAUGAUAAUUGUGGGUAUUAUUCAGGUAGUCAUGGUUAAAAGUUUAUUUGAUAAUAGUUCGUAUGUAAUGAAAAUUUUAAAGAAAAUUAAAGAAUAAAAAACUGUGUUCUUUAUUAAAUUUAAGACAAAACUAGUCCUUAGUUUAUAAAGCUCAUUGUAAAAGACUUGAAAUCAGUUUUUUUUUAUCAUAUGAUGUGCUAGUUACUUAUUUAAGGCGAUUAAAAAAUUGAUUUCAGUAGUCCAAAAAAAAAAAAAUUCCUGAAGACUAGACAAUAAAUGAAUUUUAUUUAAGUUUUGAAUCGUUAAGCUAAUUACGUAGUAAUUUUAUAAAAUGUACAAAUUUUACUGUAAAGUCUUGAUAAAUAAACAAAGUUUGAGACGGAACUGAUACACAAUAAAAAUGCUGUAAAUAAUCUCAAAUUUGGGUUAAAGAAUGGUAGAUUUAGAAAUAUCAGUCUUUUUUAUACUAAUUUUUCGAUUCUGACAACAGCCCCUGUAUAAUACUACACGUGGCCUGAGACGUAAUACAAUGUUAAAACGAAUCAUCACAAUAAAAAAUAUAAUAACCCUUUCUUGAUCAAGAUUUGUCUUAAUUUCUUCUCUCGCUUAGCAUAAAUUCUACUUCACAAGAUCAGCCUAUUGAAAAGUACCUUUUUACGAAGUUUCAGCCUAAUUUCAAUCUGCGGGGCGAUUAAUUUUUAAGUAGCAUUAAUUAAAAUGGCCAUAUUUAUUAUUAAAUCAUACUUCGUUUAUUUUCUAAUCUUCAAAAUUUUCUGCUAUACCUGCAAUGAAUAAUUUUGUAUAAAAUUUUGCUAUUUGUCGUUGCUUGGAAAAUCGAACACAAAGAAAGAACUAUUCCAGCAUUUUUAAUUUCUUGUACAAUAUACUAUACUUGUCUCGAUUCGUGCGAAAUUCCACAGUGCGAUACCAGUGACUAAAAACAGGCCAGUGAUAAUUGAUACAAAAUAUAAACAGUAAUUUACUUUCUUUUUACUGUGCAGAGGCAAUUUGAUUACAGAUAUGAUAUACAAAUACAUACUACACACUAAACAAAAUUAUAUCUUAAUAACCAAAUCAGUGCGGUUCAUUUUUAGACCAUGAGUCUAGUUUUCAUCGUUAACCAGCGCGAUAAUCUUUAAAUUGAGAGACAAAUCGUGGAUUUUGAUAAAAGAAAAAUGAUAUAU